AUGACUGUAGAUAACGAAAAUGAGAUAGAGGGCGAUAAGAGGUCGGAUAGUGAGAAAAAGUUUGAUGGCGAUGAAAAGGUGAAUAACAAUAAGGUGGAAAGCACUAUGUCAGUAGAGGACAAACUAGCGCAGCUAGAGAAGAGAUUUGCGGAGUUGGAGAGCAAAUAUCUUGGUCCUAAAGAGAAAUCGGGCACCGAGGAAGUCAUCUUAAAAAGAGAACCUGAACAAAGAGAGAUAAAAGACGUAAAUACCACUCCAGUCGAUGCCGGUGUAAUAGUAGGAGCAGAGGAGUCUCCUUCCACAGAAGAACGGGUGCGUGUUGUUAACUCUAAAGUUGACGACGAUGGUGAGCGCAGGGACCACCGUCUCAAUUCGAAUGAGACGUCAGAUGCCAGUCUAAAGAAGAAGGGAUGUGCCGUCAUACUUCGCAGGUACCUGCAGUCGAACAAGGGAGAAAUAGAAGUAUUCGAUCCGGAUCUCCGCAAACUACUCAAAAAGAUUCUAGCGCACUAUCCCAGUCACACCUUCAUCGGAGAGAAUGUGGUGAUAGACUCUCCGUACGAAUCUUUCGUUUUGAACUGGGACAUUUUGCGCGAAGAAGCUGAAAAAGAAACAGUGGACGUAAAAGACAAGCAAGCAAGGUCAGACUUACGAGAGCUAUUGGAAAUGAUAAAAAGCGGCUCCGGCGACAAAAAACUCGACUCAUAUCUCACAGCACGCGACGACCUCAUCAAGCAAAAGAGCAUCACGUUCGAGGCGCUUUGGACCAUCUUUCCUCCAGGAACCAUCAUUUAUGGCCAGAUCUUUCUGGACGAAGACCAAAUCUUCGUAGUCGAGGAUAACUUCACACCUUGGCCCAGAGAGGAAAGCAGGCGGUCUAGGGUUCCGCCCCCCUGGACUUUGUGCUGCUGGGUGUACGAUUACAUUGGUACGGUUUUCCAACGACGAAGCGUAGCCCUAAAAUUCGACAGUUUCGAUGGACCCAAGCCUAUUGCGUCACUUCCAUUCUAUCCACUGAGCGCAAUUGGGCCGGAAAGGUGGAGUCAGAUCGAAGAGAGGCUGUUCAAACGUGGUAAGCUGUUUAGAGAGUACUGCACUGCUGACAAGGAUCAUCGAAUGUAUGAAUACAAGGGAGAGGCCAUAUUUGAUAAACGAGGCUUCGGCGUCCAAUCUACUAAUGAUGAUUAUGAUAUUCGAUAUUUUGGCGACGUGUCUGACUUUCUUCAGAGUGACAGUGACAGUGAACGUCACAACUCAAUCCGAAAGUCGCAGACCGUUGAUGAUAGCAGUGUGAUGGUUGACUUCGAGUCAUACUUCCGUUAUGGUCUAGACGUCGCCAGAAUUGGAGAUACUCAAAUAAUCGACGGCUUCGAUGAUUGCCAUUGUCCAGACUGCGUCUCCAAUGAAGCACAAAAAGAGCUUUUUAAACCGAGCUACGACAAGAUGACUGGGCAGAGAGACGAAGAAUGGGAGAAAUUACAAUUUAUGCUCUGUCCACCUCGCGUUUUAGGUUACAUCCUUAAAGAUAAGCAGUGGGCCCAGCUUGCCAUCAACAAUUUGUCUACCAUCAAGGAUGAAGAGUACAGUGAUGUCCUAAAGCAGCUCCAUCUUUCCGGGCCUGGGAAAGACGGUGGGAAGAAGAAAAAAGAGCUGUUGUUUGGAUUAGUACAGAAUCAUGGUAUGGACGAAGAGGAACUCCAAGAUCUCGUUGCCGAAAAAGGCAAAGGGUUGGUUUUCCUACUAUAUGGUGCUCCUGGUGUUGGAAAGACGUCUACUGCCCAAAUGAUUGCUCGUGCGGCCCGGAAACCACUCUUCUCGAUCGGUGUUGCAGAUGUCGGCACCAAUGCCCGGGAGGUUGAGUCUAGGUUAGGAACUAUAUUUGACCUCGCGACGAAAUGGAGAGCGAUUUUGCUGAUCGACGAGGCAGACGUCUUUCUUCAAAGUAGGAGCCAAAACUCGAUUGGUCCAUCGGCGGAAGGGAGUGCACUCGUAUCUGUUUUUUUACGAGUCCUCGAAUACUACCGUGGUAUAAUGUUUCUCACAACAAACCAAAUCGCUCAAUUCGACGUCGCCGUACAAUCCAGAGUGCACAUUGCCUUGAAGUAUGACAAGUUAAAUGAGGAGCAGACCUAUAAGAUCUUCAUGGGAUUUAUAAAUCAGCUUAAUGAUUAUGAUGCUAUCGAAUCGGCCGACUAUGACAGGAUUAAAAGGUACGCCGAAGAAGAUCUGCACUCAAAGGAGUUCGACGGCAGGCAGAUCCGUAACAUUGUGGCCUGUGCCAGGGGUUACGCGAGAGCCAAGAAGCCUAGCGAGAAGUUGAAGCUUGAGCAUAUCGUGCAUGUCGUUCGCUUUGUAGAAGACUUCCAAAGAGACCUAGCGGGCCAGAUGAAAACUUGGCGGGACCAGCAAAAGGCUACGAGAAUUUGA